AGAAGUACAAGGAAAGAAUGUGCUGACAAACGAAGCAUGAGGAACGGACCAAGACGUCGCGGUUAGGUGCUCACGGUGGUCAAAGAAGAAUAGAAUUUAUGGUGGGAGCCUUUGUGUAAAUAGAGAUAGGGAAGCAGGUGUUGUGGGAACGGGAUAUAGUCUAUAGAAAUUAGAAGAUUAAUGUUAAACUGAAAUGUCAUGUAUAGCACGUACGUUGAUGAUGUAAUCUGUAAGAAAUAGUAUAAAACCUGUAAGAAAAUGAGGGUCGGUGGGAUUCUGAUUUGGGACGCUAGUCCCCGGGUCCCCGGGCCCGAAUAAAGCACCGCAUAAACUACUUUGUGGUUUGUGUUUCUCUUCGUUGGGCAACAGUUUUCUGGCGACCGCGGCAGGACUCCGAAGGUUGCUGGGGCGGUUCGCGAGGUGAUCUACUCCACGCCGGCACCAGGUGAUUUCUGGGGAGACAUCAACCCGUGCCCGACCCCGCGCCUGUCGGACAACUACGAGACUCUUGCAGCUGUACGGGGAGCCUUGCAGUGGAACCGCCCGCUACCACUAGAGAACCCAGUUCAUGACAUCUCGCCGGGAGACCAUGUGUACGUGAAAAAUUGGAGCGUGGAGCCUCUGAAGGAGUCAUGGAAUGGUCCCUACCAAGUGCUGAUGACCACGUACACCGCCGUCAAGGUCGCUGGGAUUGAUAACUGGAUACACUACACCAGGGUGAAGAAGGUACCGACGAGAUGGGAGGUGCAGCCCAUAACGGACACCCGGAUGGUAUUCCGGGCAAAGCCCUGAUCAUCUUGAUACUGAUUGUUUGUCAGUUAGUAGCCUCAGCAGUUAUAAUUCAUGUACCAGACCCUUUAGUCUUAGUACCGGAAAGUGGAAAUGUUGAAUUAACCUGUUUGUUUUCUGACAACCAGAAAGCUGGAUCCCAUGAAAUUAAUGUGAGAUGGAGAAAAGGCCUUGACAUCGUAAGUAAAGGAAUAAUGACACUUUGGGAUGACCAUCAGCAAUCAGGAAACACUACCUUAAGGAUUCCUAAAAUCUCAACUUCUGGAGAAGGUAGAUACACCUGUGUAGUAUGGAUAAAAAGUAGUUUUGAUUAUGGGGAUUUUGAGUUAGAAAUUAUAAAUGAAAACUAUACCAGUGCAGGUUCGGUAAUAGUAGCACCCUUGAAAACAAGCCAGGAUAUUUGGUUGGGCCCGCCAUUGAGAAUUAGUUGUCAAUACACCUUGAAGAAUAAUUGCAAAAGAAGAAUAAGGAUUAGCUGGUGGAAAGAGAGAGAGAUGGAAUGGGAUCAAUUGAAGGAAGGAAGUAGUAAGUGGAAGAAAGAGUCUAAAGAGGUCGGGUGGUAUAAUAUCACAUCUUUUGCUUCAACAACUAUGGCAGGGAAUUAUCUGUGUAUAGUUAAGUGUGGAUUAGAUGGAGGAUUUGGACUUCGGGAAGUGGUCGCUAGAACAAACCCGGAUCAGGGAAUAAGAGCAACUGAAAGAACAAUCUUAGCAGUAGAAAGAGAAAAUAUUGCUUUAAAUUGUACAAUAUCCCAAAAUUACACUGAGUAUGGGUAGUGGUAUGAAACAAGGAUUAGGCCGGGAUCAAAGUAUAAAAUCACAGCAGGGAAAAAGGAAAUAGCAUUGCAGAUUACUAAUGUACAGAAAGGAGAUGACGAAGGAGAAUAUUGGUGUUGGAUAGCCCGAGAUAAUUGGUGGAGUCACAGUCAGGUAACGUUAAGAGUAAGGGACAUACGAGUUACCAGACAGGUCCCAGAGAGAAAUCAAACCCUAAAAAUAAGAGAAGGACAAGAAAAUUUAAUAGUAAGACUAAUUCGAGACUUCGGAAGAAUGCAAAAUACAACUUCAAUAACAGCCUGCCUGCCUCUUCCUCAAGCGGCUGGAGACCCGAUCCCGUGGGGAAUUAUACCCAUAAGGGAGAUGCCAAGUGCCACCGCGAAUGUGACCUGGAACUGUGAAAUAGUGUCUAAGGAGAUUUUAGACUGGGUAGAGGUUUGUAUGUUACGAAGAAAGAUUAGUAAGCAAAAUUGUCAGCAAAUACCAGGAUAUUAUAGAUGGAUAGAGGAUUCAAAAUUGUCAGCAGAUACCAGGAUAUUAUGGAUGGAUAGAGGAUCCAAGCUUAAGGGAAAUUGUUUGGUGAUUGGAGAAGUAUCCGAGCCAUGCGAUAAGAUCCGAGUUCGGAAUAAGAGAAAGAAGAUAGAAAAAGUAUGUCAGAAUACCACUGAGACAAUGACAAUGGAGGAGUGGAAAACUAUCUGGGGACCUAGUCUGUUAGAAACUUAUAGUUACCUAGGGAAAGUGAAUUGGUGCAUAAUGUGGGAAGGGAAGAAGAAUCAAGAUUUUGGGCAGAAGUCAUUAUUCAAAGAACAAUAUAGGAAAAAGGUGGAGAUGAUGGAGUUAUGGAAUUGUACACAGGUACUAACCUGUGACACUCCACCAGUGCAGAUUGGACUUGAACCAGUGCGAGUGCUGUUGCAGUGGGGAUGUGAAUGUAGAGGAUAUAAUCACACCCUUACAAAGAAAGAAAAGGAGCCCUGGGAUUGCAAGACGACCACGGUUAGGAGCCCAGGAAAUUUAGUUUGGGUUAUGGGACACGGAUUAUGGACUACACACAUGCCCAUAGAUGGUGCAGUUACACAAAUUACAUUAGGGGUUCCUACCUUAUGCCCAUUCUGGAAAACUUCUAAGCUGCAAGAAAAGGAAUUGGUAAGCAGAAAGAAAAGGGAGAUAGAAGAUAAUGCUUCGAUUCAGGAAGAUUGGCAUGAACCUGAUGAUGGAGUAAAAGUAGGAUGGAUGUUAGAAUCACUGUUUGCCCCUAUAUCAUCUUAUAGAAACAGGGAGAUGUUGUACCGAUUAUUAGGACAGACGGAGAGGCUUGCAGCUACAACUAAAAAAGGUUUUAGAGACUUGAAUCUUCAGCUGCAAGCGACUACUAGAAUGACAUUACAAAAUAGAAUGGCAUUAGAUUUACUGCUACUUAAGGAACAUGGGGUUUGUGGAUACUUAAGAAACAGAGUAGACCAUUGCUGCGUGCACAUCCCAAACGUGACGGAGGAAAUAGAAAAAGAUAUAGAUCAAUUAGAACAAAUAGAAUCCAAAACAAAGGAAAUACAAAAAGAUGCUGAGCAUAAUUGAGUAGGAGCCCUGUUGAGCUCCUUAGGGAUCCAGGUUUCCGGUUGGGUAUCAUCUAUAAUACAAUAUGUAAUAAUGUUUGUAAUCGUGAUAAUUGUAGUGAUCAUUGUAUAUAGAUGUCUUUUAGGAAUGAUUCUGAAAGAAGGGGCUCACACCAAAAGGGUAAUACAAGCAGUUACCCGAAGAGAAGUGAUACAACCUCGUGUAGCUGAGACUCAAACCUAAGAAAUUGAGCAUCCUUGCAACGGAAUUGAAGAAUGCUCAAGAGGGGGGACUUGUUGGAAAUUAACCAUGUUGCUAGGAGAAGUACAAGGAAAGAAUGUGCUGACAAACGAAGCAUGAGGAACGGACCAAGACGUCGCGGUUAGGUGCUCACGGUGGUCAAAGAAGAAUAGAAUUUAUGGUGGGAGCCUUUGUGUAAAUAGAGAUAGGGAAGCAGGUGUUGUGAGAACGGGAUAUAGUCUAUAGAAAUUAGAAGAUUAAUGUUAAACUGAAAUGUCAUGUAUAGCACGUACGUUGAUGAUGUAAUCUGUAAGAAAUAGUAUAAAACCUGUAAGAAAAUGAGGGUCGGUGGGAUUCUGAUUUGGGACGCUAGUC